CUAGCCAUGAGGUGGUAAUUAUUAAACUAUUAUCAAUCCGGAUUUUGAGAGAUUGAAUCCAGCCGCUCCAGCUGACUGGCUGUAGAGCCGCAAGACUGUAAAUAGAAGAAGUAAACAAACCUCAACGGGACCAUUCUCCGCCUACUUUGGUGCGGUUUUUACAAUAUCUUGGGAGCUCUCAUGAACAAUGUCUGCCAAUGACCCGUCAAGCCAAGUUAUUUUGGCAACCGCCAGCUACGAUCACACCAUCAAGUUAUGGCAGGCCCACAGUGGGAUUUGUCAACGAACCCUCAAACAUCCUGAAUCUCAAGUAAAUGCCCUGGAGAUAUCCCCUGACCGUCACAUGUUAGCAGCAGCUGGUUACCAACACAUCCGCAUGUAUGACCUUAAAACAUUAAAUGAGGACCCUGUUGUCAACUAUGAAGGAGUGAGUAAGAAUGUUACAGCACUUGGAUUUCAGGAAGAUGGAAAGUGGAUGUUCACAGGAGGCGAAGAUUGUACUGCAAAAAUUUGGGACUUGAGGUCAUAUAACCUGAAUGUGUCUAGAAUUUUUCAAGUAAGCACCCCUGUCAACUGUGCCUGCCUUCACCCCAACCAGGCAGAGCUAUUUGUUGGAGACCAGUCAGGAGUCAUCCAUAUUUGGGAUGUGAAAACUGAACACAAUGAACAAUUGAUACCAGAGCCUGAUGGUAGUAUUCAGAGCAUUGCCAUAGACCCUGAAGGAACGUACAUGGCUGCUGUCAAUAAUAAAGGAAAAGUGUACGUGUGGCGACUUUCUGGAGGCACUGGUGAUACGCCCAUCCACCUGACACCAACAAGAUCACUUCUAGCUCAUAACAACUAUGCUCUCAAAGUCAAGUUUAGCCCCGAUUCCACUAUGAUGGUAACAACAUCAGCUGACCACACCGCUCGUAUAUGGAAGACAGCAGAUUUCUCUCAGAUGACAGAGUUGAGUGACAGCAGCCAAAGAUGGGUGUGGGAUGUUGCUUUUUCUGCUGAUUCACAGCAUGUUAUAACAGGCUCAUCUGAUAACACUGCAAGACUGUGGUCUGUAGAAACUGGCGAAAUUAAGCGUGAAUACUCUGGUCACCAAAAAACUAUUUCUGCAAUAGCAUUUAAAGAUGUUUUGUAUCAAAGUUAACAUUGGUUAGAUUUAUGUUGUGAAAUAGUUAUAUCAAUUUGCCAGCAUUAAAAUGGAUGUGAUUUAAAUCUUACUGAAGAUAUUUGGUACCGUAAUCAAUUCUGUAAGAUUAUCUUAAUUAAAAACCUUCCAUACAAUUUUUAUUCAUAGUUUGUAUAUAGUGUACCACAUUUAAUGAACUUUUUUUAUACAGUAUUCAAUGUGUCCAACGAUAUUCUCUGCUUGGCUGUAACAUAUUUCAAUAUUUAAUUAAAUAAAAAUGAUUCUUUGCAUUUUACAAACACCUCUUUAAAAACUGUUUAUUGGCUGCAUUAUGAAGAGGAUUAUAAUUUAGUACUGUAUUACAAACUUAUCUGUCACAAAUAUAUCAUUACCUCAAUAAA